AUGACUAAUCAAAUUGACCGCAACAUUUAUGAGCAACAGUUUCAGCAACAAUAUCAAUUUUCGACGUUAUUUUCGAGUCCUCGAGAUUCAUCAGAUGAUGACGAUGCCAAUAGACCUCAUAAAUGCUCUAUCUGUACACGAGGUUUUGUUCGACAAGAACAUUUGAAUAGACAUAUGCGUACACACACGGGCGAGAGACCAUUUAUUUGUAAAACUUGUCAAAAGCGUUUUUCGCGAUCUGAUGAAUUGACGCGACAUGAAAAAACUCACGCGAAACCAUUUAAAAGGAAAGACCAGCAGCAUAUACAUCAUCAUCAUCGUAAGAGCAGAAUUCCAUUGGUGGCGUUCAGGAACACCAACCAAUAUCAAUCAGCGUCAUCGAAUACUACUACUUUAAAUGUUAAUUCCAAUGGUAAUAAUACUGCUACUACUGCAUCAUCUCCGCUUAAUAAUACCUUCCCUUAUAAUAAUAAUAUUAUAUUUACCGAGUCGACCACCUUUAUUAAUUCAAUCACCAAUUCUCAACCAUAUGUUUGUCCUCUUAAUAAUGGUUGCAAGAAAACUUUUAAAUGCUCGGGACACUUGGCCCGCCAUAUUGGCACUUGCACCUCAAAGAAACAAAAAAGUGGAGGUGAUCCAUUAACCACGAGCAAUAAUAACAAAAAUGCCGACAAUACUUUGCUGGUUAACAAUUCCGAAAAUGAUUCACCUAGUGUACUAGAAGAAACUUCUGUCAUUCAAAUUUCUCCAAUUCCAACUGAUAAUGAUCAAUUACCAGGAGAAUGUACUUGGACCCCAGAUAAUAAGAAUAAGGUGUCAUUUCUCGUGAAUCCGAGUUUGCACGACGCAUCCUCACCUGAUCGAACUGAUCGAACUGGUCGAAUUUUACCCCUGCCG